UAGGGUUAGUUGGUAGGGCAAUUUUUCUUCCCUAUUCCCCGUCCUUUUCCCUUCCAUUUUUGUCUCAAAUUGCAAUGAAUUCACAUUCCAGAAGUAGGCAGAAACGCAGGGCCUAGAUAAGAGAAAUAGAUUAAUAACCUCGAUUAAUAGGGAAGGCCUCCCACUCCAGUACAGAAGGUGGCGCUGUAUGCACCUAACAGUAAAUUGUGAUCUGCCACACUCAUUUGAAGAAGAUUUCUUGGGAGAACGCUUUCUCGCUAGAAUAACAAAGACCAACUUCGUGAAAUGGACUAAACAAGCCAAUUGACGCUUUAGCAGGACAAAGCACUCUUUCCCGACUGGUGUGGAGAUUUUCUUUUCAGUCAAGCUCAGAAAUGGACAAUACAUCUUCUUCAACCAGAGAAGUGGAGAGUGUAUUUCUCAACAAACACAUGCUUGGAUAUGAUUCUGAAGAUUCAAUCAGCAACAUAGAAAUAAAAGAAUAUGAAUAUGUGCCAGGAACAGAAAGUGACAGUGAGAGCAGCUUAGAGGACUUUACUGCAUUAAAGGACAAAUGCACCACUAAAGCAAGAUCUGCACCUAAAGAUGGCCAACUUGACAAAGACUUGCUUGGUUAUGAUUCUGAAGACUCAAUCAGCAGCAUAGAAAUAACAGAAUAUGAAUAUGUGCCAGAAUAUGAAUAUGUGCCAGGAACAGAAAGUGACAGUGAGAGCAGCUUAGAGGACUUUACUGCAUUGAAGGACAAAUGCACUACUAAAGCAAGAUUGGAACCUAAAGAUGGCCAACUUGACAAAGACAGGAUUGGAUAUAAUUCUGAAGAUUCAAUCAGCAGCACAGAAAUAACACGAGAUGAAUGUGUGUCAAGAACGGAAAGUGACAGUGAGAGCAGCUUGGAGCACUGCACUGUAUUGAAGAACAAAGGCCCCACCAAAGCAAGAUCUGCUCCUAAAGACGGUCCAAAAAAGACUUAUAAGAGACAUAGAAAUACAGAAUCUGACACCUCUGUGCAAGAAUCGACAAGUUCACUUGAAGUCAUGCACGUUACAAAGACUAAAGAUGGAUCAAGAAGAUACACCAAAAAACAUUACUGUCUCUUUUGUGAGAAACCACAAUCAAAAAUUGCCCGGCAUCUGGAAAUGAUUCAUAAAAGUGAAGCUGAAGUCGCAAAGGCCCUUUCUUUCCCAAAGAACUCCAAGGACAGAAAGCUCCAACUGACUAUACUGAGGAAACGAGGGGACAGAGCACACAACAUGCAAGUCAUAAGAGAAGGCAAAGGUGUUAUAGUUCCUUGUAAACAAACCAGUUCCCCAAAUGGAAAUCCAAAAGACUUCUUGCACUGUGCAAAUUGCCAAGGACUCUUUAAAAGAAAAUUCCUAUGGAAACACAUGAAACGGUGCCCACUGAGUGGUGUACGGCUGAAACCUGGUAAAACACGAGUGCAGGCUAUUUGUGCCCAUGCACAACCUGUGCCAGAUGGGAUAAGCAAGGGACUGUGGAAACUCGUCAAUGAUAUGACACAAGAUGAGGUGGUAGAUGUCAUAAAGAGAGACAAAUGUAUCAUCCAGUUCGGGGAGCAACAUUACAACAUCAUGGGACACAGACGUGCCAAUCAUGAAUUGAUACGGCAGAAAAUGCGCGAGCUGGGAAGACUGGUUUUGAAAGGGAAGCAUGUAUCACCUCUCACGAGAUUGGAGGAAUACAUUGAUCCAGCCAACUUCCUCCACACAAUCAGUGCAGUGAAAGCUGUUUGUGGCUUUGACAGUGAUAAGAAUACACUAAAGACACCUUCACUAGCCUUAAAACUUGGCCAUAACCUUCAGAAGGUUGCAGACAUAGUUAGUUGUGAGGCUAGGGUCUCUGGUAACAAGAAAAAGGCUCAGAAGGUAGAGGACUUCAAACAUAUCUAUAAGACAUGCUGGAGAGAGUACAUCUCGUGUCAUGCUCACAAAACAUUUGAAGAAAAUAAGUUCAAUGCUCCACUGAUCUUGACAUUUGCUGAAGAUGUCAAGAAACUGCACAUCCACCUUCAAGAAAAACAGAAAACAUGCUACAGCCAACUUUCCAAAGAACCUAACAGGAAGACGUGGGCACAGCUGGCUAAAGUCACUCUGUCACAAAUGACGGUCUUUAACCGAAAAAGACUAGGGGAUGCCUCCCUGAUGACAGUGGCCUCAUUCGUGUCUCGAGACAAAACUGCUUUACAUGACGAUUAUGGGAACUCCCUUUCAGAUGUUGAACGGGCGCUAUGCCAACAUUUUAGUCGCAUAGAAAUACGUGGAAAGCGAUCAAGAAAAGUCGCAGUGCUUCUGUCCCCUACAAUGAUCAAAUCAAUGGAGCUGCUUGCAGAGAAGCGUGAACAUUGCAGCGUUCUGAAGGAGAACAUCUAUAUGUUCGCCAUUCCAGGCUGUCCAACAUCAUUUAGCGGAUCAGACUGCCUGCGUCUCUUUGCCAAGAAGUGUGGGGCUAAAUGUCCAGAAUCCCUCUCGUCCAUCAAGUUGCGUAAACACAUCACCAUGAUGUCUACUGUACUCAACUUAAAUGACACCGACAUGGACCUGCUAGCAGAUUUCCUGGGACAUGAUCUACAGAUGGACAAGAAAUAUUACAGGUUACCUGAGGGAACACUUCAGCUGGCAAAAAUCACCAAAGUCCUCAUGGCGAUGGAGCAGGGAAGGCUAAACGAAUUCAAGGGGAAAGGUCUUGACCAGAUCCACAUCAGUCCAGUGGAGUGUGUUGAGCUGGAUGAAGAGAGUGAUACAGACUUGACUGAAGAAACUCCUGGAAGGUCAUGUGAGCCACAAGAGAGGACACGGGAGGCCAUGGCAGGAAGAUCAGGUUCUAAGAAGAGGAAGUGGAGUGAGGAGGACAAAGGGACAGUGGAAGAAACAUAUAUUCAAUUCAUGGACUCUGGAGCUACUCCAGGGAAUGCAGACUCUUGCAUGCAUCAAGGCAGUGCCACAAGCCCUCAGAGAGCGGGACUGGCGGGCAGUGAAGUAUUAUGUCAAGAACAGAAUUACAGCACAUAUGUUCAUGUCACUGAUGCAGAGACUCAGAGAGAACCAGAGACUGGCAGCUUCAUAUGAGCCUCAUCUUCCUCCUCUGGCUGGGGGUCAGCUUGGGCCACCACCUCUCCUCCCUCCUCUUGAGUCACCUCAUCCCCUUCCGCCUCAACCUCUCGGGUGUGGAAGACGAGCUCCCCUCCCUGGAUAACCUGCUCGGAAGUGGGUUGCCAGGUUGUGGUAACAUCUUCCCCCACAGUGGUGGCAGCUGCGGUGUACUGAUGGUAGAAGUCAGAGUCAGCUUGGAACAUGACCAGGGCCUGGGCGGUGUGGAUUCGCACAUGUUGGGCCAGUGAGCUGGCGUCCAGGAACUUGUCACCGCAAGAGUCGCAUGCAUACAGGAUCUGAGUGUUGGGGUCUGGGAGGGAGAGGAGAUAGACAGUGAGGAUGUAUGAGGAAGUUAUGAAUAGUAAAAGCUAUUCAAAGCUGUGUGUGGCCAGUCUCACCUGCUUCCUGCACCUUCUCCACAGCCUUCGCAAUCACAGCUUUCAGAGCCUCCGUCUCAUCUACUGACACUGAUGUAGCCACAGGCACCACUGGAAACAGACAGAAUCCCAUAUAAACACAUGGCAGGAGAAUUGUCUUUAUUAUUCCCUUUGUUCUGAGUCCAUUUCCUUCUUACUCUUACAUAGCCACCUUCCUUUCAUCCCAUUCCUUUUACAGUCACAACCCUUGCAUAGUCCCCUACUCCCACCCGUCUGAACUACAUUACCCAGCAUGCGCUCCAUCUGACCUGUCAGCUGGGACACAGUGCUGCCAGCCAGGGCCUCCGUCGCCAGGGUGACGAUGUCCUCGGUGGUGACAGUGACUAUGUUGAUCUCAUUUUCGUCCAUCUCCGAGGCCGACCCACCAUGGAACCCGUCACCCCCGUCAUCACUGUCACCCCCGGCAACCACCAGGCGCUUCAUCCCAGCCUUACCCUGGUGGACGGUCUUGACGUGGGAGCGUAGAUUGUCGACACGAUUGAACCCGCGACCGCACUUGUCACACAGGAAGGGCUUCUCUCCUAGGGGAUGGUAAAAAAAAAAGAACAAGGCAACAGUAAACACGUCCUCCCCCAAGAAUGACA